GUAAUCCCAGCCCCUCUCCCUCCUCCACAGCCACCUGCGGCUGCCCUGCCGCUCCGCUUGGUGUUGGGAGGAUGACUUCUCCUGUUACUUAAGUUUCCGUGGCACUUGCUGAAGCACCUGUUUGUGUGUGUGAGAGAGAGAGAAAGAGAAAGAGUGUGCCUGGGCACACUAAGCCAAGCGCGGGGCCCUAAGCAAGGGAGCCUUUUGUGCUACUGGGAGCUUCUUUCAUUACCUUUCCAGCUCACUGGGCCUGACCUUCGGCUCUCUCCACAUCUCUCCUCCCUUCUCUCUCUUGCGCGCGCUCCUCACCUUGUGGCCUCGCCGUCCAGCUGGCAGUCAGGCUGGUGUCAGCUUUCUGCGGUGUGUGUUUGUGUAUGUGCGUGUGUGUGUGUGUGUGUGUGGGGAGAGGGGACAUUGUAUGUGGCAGGGGAGCAUGUGUAUUGCGAGUAUGGCAGUGGGAUGCACUGCAAAAGGCUCACCAGGGGCUUGAGGGCUGCUCGGUACCACCCGGACUCGGAGGCAGCAGAGUGACAUCCGGGCGAGGACUCCCAGAGAGCCAGGAGUGGACGGAGGCAGCAGUAAGCGAGAAAGGAGGCCAUGGUGCUACACAGGGCCAUCCAGGCAGCGCGGGAGGGGGACUUGGCAGGCCUGAGGGAGUUGAGGGCUGCUGGGUGUCUGUCGGAGACCAUCACUGACACCCAGGGGGCCGGACCCGUGCACCACGCCGCGCGGUGCGGUCGCCUGGACUGCCUGAAGUUCUUAGUCGCCGAUGCCGGACUACCGGGAAACACGCGGGCCCGAAACGGAGCCACGCCUGCACACGACGCCGCUGCCACAGGACACGUCAGAGAACUGCAGUGGCUCGUGGAGUUUGGGGGAUGCCAUGUGCAGGACUGGGAUGCAGCAAGAGCCACGGCCCUUCACUUGGCUGCUCGUUUUGGGCAGGUGGCGGUGGUUCAGUGGCUGCUGUCGGUGGGUGCCGGAGCUCAGGACACGACGGUCUGCGGGGCAAUGCCUGCCCACUACGCCACAGCGAAGGGAGACCUCACCUGUCUAAAGCUGUUAAUUCAUCAGGCACCAGGAUGUGUGAACUGUCAGACUGGCAUGGGUGCCACCCCUCUUUACCUGGCUAGCCAGGAGGGGCACCUGCACAUAGUGGAGUACCUGGUGAAGGAUUGCGGGGCGGACGUUAACCUGCGGGCACACGAUGGCAUGAGUGCUCUGCACGCUGCAGCCCACAUGGGCCACCAUGCUCUCGUUGUGUGGCUGGCCACCUUUACAGACAUCAGCUUGUCAUGCCAGGACAAAGAGGGGGCGACAGCCCUGCAUUUUGCUGCCAGUGCCGGGCACCACAGGAUUCUGGAGCGGCUCCUGCGUCUGGGGGCCCAGGUGCUCCAGGACUACUGGGGAGGGACACCCCUGCAUGAUGCUGCUGAGAAUGGAGAGUUGGAGUGCUGCAGGGUCCUGUUGGCGGGCAGGGUUAGCCCCUCGGAGCGGGAUGUGGACGGCUUCACUGCAGCUGACCUGGCCGACUACAACGGCCACUACGACUGUGCCAACUACCUGCGUGCCGCGGAGCGAAUUCCAUCCACCACUGAUAAUCCCAUUGAAGAGGCAUUUCCAAUCGAGGAGGAGGAAGCGAGAGAAAGGCAGAGUGUUUCCUGGAAGCCCAGUGCUGAGGACUAUUACCGUCACCUUAGCCACCCUCGCCAAGAAGCCCCCAGCAACGGCCCAAAGAUGGACAGCCUGAAGCAGCCAGAGAUGGAAGAGUCCCCCCAGGCCCGGCACCCCGCAGCAUCCAAAGGACCAUCUCCCCCGAGCCUGAGUGGUGGCGUGAGCUCGCUGAUGAAGACCGACCUCCAGAUAAACAGCUCUGUCAUGAGGAACUUCCAACUGACCAAGCCAGCGGAAGCAGAGAAGAAGCUUCCUGGCGAUACGAAGCACGUUGUUAGCCUCAAACACGCCGGCAUGACAGCGGUCUUCACCGGACAAGCUAGCAAGAUGGUGGUGUUGCCCACAGAGGAGGCCAACCUGUCCGACAUCGACUCCCUGGUGCCCACGCACGAUGAGAGAGGGAGGCCAAUCGCCGAGUGGAAGCGGCAGGUGAUGGUCAGGCAGCUGCAGGCCAGACUCCUGGAUGACGAGGCCCAGAGAAGAAAGGAGAAUGGGAACAGGUACCCAAAGAUGGAUAGCUGGAGGUACUCCCACUCCCACAAUGCCAUCCUGGGGCCGUUCGGAGAGAUGCUGACCGAAGACGACCUCAUCUACCUGGAGAGGCAGAUCGAGAGUGUGUCCAUGCAGCGGAACUGUGAGGGCUACGAGAUGGAGCUGGCUCGCCUGGCCGAGGAGCUGCGGCACAUCCUGCCGGCGCCCAUUGUCAACAUCAGUGUCAACACCCAGUUCCGCAACUUCCAGAGCCAAGUGUCGCUUCCCGUGUGGUGCAACCGGAUAUCGGGGAUCGUAAAGAGCAUGUCCCUGCUCAUGACCAACCUGACGGACCAGCCCUACUGUAAGAUGUUCAACAAUGACCUGGUGACGGUCUUCUCCGAGAUGCAGACCACCAAGAGGGGACACAGGGAGAAGAUUGAGAAUGAGAUCCACCAGUUUGGCGUCUCUGUGCGCAACCUGAAGUCCAAUUUCGAGAACCAGGUCUGUACACCUCAGGGGGUUGAGGAAGACGUGACCACCAUCUCCAUCCAGGAGGUUCCUGUAGAGAAUAGUGUUGAGGUGGAACCACCUAAGUGUAGCUCUCCAUCGCCUGAGCCAGACCCGGGCAACGACUCGGGCAUAGAUUACAACGAGAAUGUUGUGGAUGUCAUGGAAACAACCAGCUUGCGCAAGGAACGGAUCGUGGUGCUGUUCCUGGGCCACUGGAAGAAGUCGGCCUACACCGUGACGCUGAAGACCAGGGAAGCAGAGAGGAAGCUGAGCUUACCCGAGGCUUCUGAAAAGAAGACUGUCAGCCGCAAAACAAGCGCUGAGGUGGUACCCCAGAAGAAGAGCAUUGAUUAUGGCUCCCUGGGAACCUUCUUCAAGCAGCGCAGCACCAUCAACAAAAUGCUGGGGAACUGGCGGAGCAUGAUAUCCAGUGUCCCCUCACGCCAGAUCCGGCGCCUCAACCGGCAGCAGGCCCUCUACUCGCCCGAGCAGUUCCUUCCCCGCGUGGAUGGUGCGCCAGUGAGCUACGACAGCCUGACCCUUGACCUCUUCAUGCUGGGCUACUUCCACAUCCUGGAGCUGGACUUGCCCGCGGAUGAGCGGAAGAUGAGACACCUGCUCUGCUUCGAGGUGUUUGACCAUGUGGGCCGCUUCACCUGGGAGACGGUCCGUGACUUCCACAAGGCGGUUGUCCAAGACAUUGAGGCCGGGAACCGGGAGUGGAAGGACGGAUUUGAGGACAUCAAAGUGAGGUUUUUUGGCGCCGGGUCUGGCCAGGCCGAGCUUCCCAGCCCGGAGAAGACUCCGCAGGUGGAGAGGAGGCCAGUACCUAAAGUCAUUGUCCAGACCCCAACUCCAGAUGAAGGGGCCAAGUCGAAAAAAGGAAUGGACAUUUCCAGUUUCAGUAAUGAAGAGAUCUGCAAGUACAUUGACCGCAGUUUUGCCUUUUGGAAAGAGAAGGAAGCGGAAAUUUUUGACUUUGAGUAGUUUGGCUUUGUUUGUCUAUCUUUUGAUACUUUUGUACAAAUUUACAUUGUAUACAUUGACUUGACAGCUUUAGUAUAUUUUGAGUAGUGAGAUUAUGCAGUCAUGAGUGUAUUUCUUUUCCAACACUUGAAAUAAGUUAUUACUGCAUUUCCUUCAUGGACUACCUGAAAAUAAGUAUGUUUUUUUGACAUUAUUUUGGUGUCAAUUUGUAUCUGUUUUGCUAUAUCUUUCCACAAUAACUAAUAUGUUGAUCUCUUAGAUUUUGAAGCAAAUGUAGGUCAAAGGUCAAAUUGACAAUAAAAACUGGAAUGAAAGGUUUUAGAUGAUGAAUUGUCAUGAUGAGAUGUUUUCUAUAUGAUUUGAUUAAUAU